GCCGAGUGAUCUGAACAAACAAGCUCUCGCGCGGCCCCUGCACACACGCCACCAUGUGCACCGGGAAGUGCUCCCGCCUGGUGGGCCUCACCCUGGUGGUCGCGGCCCUGGCCUGCAUGGCAGCCAACAUCCUGCUGCUCUUCCCCAACGCCGAGAACCAAUGGACGCCGGAUAACAUCACCAAGCAGGCCUGGCUCAUGGGGGGCGUCAUCGGCGGGGGGCUGAUGGUCCUCUGCACCGGCUGCUCCUCCGUGCGGGCCGGCGGGAAAGGAUGCUGCGGCUACGGAUGCUGCGGGAACCGCUGCCGGAUGCUGCGCUCCGUCUUCUGCUCCAUCUUCGGGGGCCUGGGGGCCUUCUACUGCCUGGUGGUCUCCUGCACAGCCCUGGCCGACGGGCCCUGGUGUGAAACGGAGGGUCAGAAGUGGGCCUCCCCCUUCAAGGACCUCAGUGAGAGCUAUCUUCGGAACCAGACCGUGUGGGAGGUGUGCGUGAACCCCCCCUCCAUCGUCCUCUGGCACGUCGUGCUCUUCUCCAUCCUGCUGGGGCUCAGCCUGCUGGAGCUGGUGCUGUGCGGCAUCCAGGUGGUCAACGGCCUCCUGGGCACCGUCUGUGGCGACUGCCGCAAGGACAACGACCGAGCUGGGGAAGGCCUGUGAGACCGACCGACCGACCGACCGGAGCACUCGCACCAACAUCCACUCCUCCCCCCACUUGCCCCCUCCCCACAAAUCUCUUGGCCAGCAGGGGUGCAAUCGCGAAGGUUUAUUGGAAGCCCCCAAAUAAACGGCUCUCUGCUGCA